CUUCUCGGAAGAGCGGUCUCUAGAACUAGACGCAGCGCACAAAUAAUGACAUGAAAAAGCGGCAGAUUUGUAGCCAAGAUGAACACCCCAGAAGAGAUUUCUUUACUGGAGAAAGCAGACCGUUGUGACAGCGAAGACGCGCAUCAAACAGAGAUAGACGCCCAUUUAAACAAUGCUUAUUGGCGAAAGAUUGCACUGGCACUAUCUGCUUUGUCAGUUUUCAUCCAGCUUGGCCUUGGAGUCUCAAUUUUCGUAUUUGCAUGGAUGCAGAAAACUCCUGGUGGCCUGGGCCUAGCUAUUGAUAUAAUCCUCGAUGUCUUGACAACUCUUGUGGUAAUCUGGAGAUAUCGUUUUGAAAAAAAUGAAAGCAAAGCUUGUGUUCUCAUUGCUGUGCUAUUUGUCAUUUCUGGCAUCGCACUUAGUGUGAAGGCCACUUACAACCUUUCAAAGGAGUGGAUUCCUUAUUUCAAGCCUCGCAUUCUUUUGCCCAUCGAAGUUUCAAUUGCAGUCACAUUUGCUGGCCUGAUGUAUGCUAAAAUUUACGUUGCGCGGAAACUGUCAAGCCAAUCAUUGAUGGUCGACGGGAUAAAUACUGGUUGUGGACUCGUAAUGGCAGUCAUGAAUCUGAUCAGUUUGUUAGUGUACCAGAAGACUAAUCUCUGGUUCCUUGAUUCUGUCUCUGCGACAAUAAUAGCGUUGUUUCUUUUCUUCUUUGGCCUAAAAUUGCUGAUUUCAUCUCUCAACUGCCUGGCUCCAGAAGACAAGAGACAAUGAUUCUUACAAAAGAGGUUCAUAUUACCUUUACAAAUCAAAAUAACCUAAAAUAUGAGGACAAAAUAGAGUAAUAAAAAUUUUAAAUAAAUUUACAGCUAAAAACGAUAACAAUUUAUCCUGAUAAUUAAUUAUUAAAAGCGGUGUAUAAUUCUUAAAGAAUAGUAGGCGCUGUAAGGUACAAAUUGAGUAUUUUAAAUCUUCUUACAAGAUAUCUGGUCGCGAUGAGUUCUAUAAACAAAUAUUCUUCAUG